GUCGAGUCCUCAAAGUUUUCGUCAUCUCAAAGGCACGCCAGCACACAAGUCUGCACAUAUUGAGAAUAUCCGGAACCUUUCCCGGCAGAUAUCUGGAGAGUGUGACGGAUUCCAUGCCAACAGUGAGAGGGUGGCUGUUCCCCUGAGUGGACCGGGUGGUAAGAUUGGCUUUUUUGAGCUGGCUAAGACAGGCAAACUUCCAGAUGGUGUGAUACCAGCACUAGUACAUGGUACCAACAUCAUGGAUUUCACCUGGGACCCUUUCAACAACAGACGGCUUGCUGUCGCAUGCGAUGACGGAACAAUCAGGCUAUGGCUUAUCCCCGAGGGGGGACUCACAGAACCCACCAACAGCCCAGACACAGUGCUGGAGGGUCAUUCAGAGAAAAUCUACUUCAUCAAGUUCCAUCCCUUAGCACAGGACGUGUUGGCUUCUGGGUCGUAUGACAUGACUGUGCGUGUCUGGGACCUAACUCGUGGCUACGAUCCUAUCACAUUGCAAGGACACACCGACCAGAUGUUUUCUCUGAGCUGGUCAUCGUGUGGAAACAUGCUUGCCACAGUGUGUAAGGAUUCUGUGCUGAGAGUAUAUCAACCUCGCAGCUCCACCAGUCCUGUAGCAGAGGGCAAAGGUCCCGUGGGAUCCCGAGGUGCUAGGGUCACUUGGGCCCUUGAUUCUUCCUUCAUUGUUGUCACAGGAUUUGACAAGGUUUCAGAGAGACAGAUCAUGGUAUACAAGAGAGAAGACCUGAGCACUCCCCUGGCUACUGUAGGCCUUGAUGUGUCUCCUGCCAUCCUGAUCCCUUACUAUGAUGAGGACAGCUCAACUCUCUUCCUUACUGGCAAGGGUGACUCUACAAUCUACGCAUUUGAAGUGUGCUGUGAGCCUCCAUUUCUCUGUCCACUGAGCCACCACCGCUGCUCCUCGCUCCACCAGGGCUUAUCUUUCCUACCCAAGAGAUCAUGCGAUGUCUCCAUCGUGGAAUUUGCCAAGGCUCUCAGGCUUACCAACACCACUAUUGAACCUCUCUCUUUCACUGUCCCCAGGAUAAAGAGUGACCUGUUCCAAGACGACCUGUUUCCACCAACUAAAGUGACGUGGGAACCCACAAUGACGGCGGCCCAGUGGUUCAGUGGAGCCAACUGUCAAGCUAGACGAAUCAGCCUAAAACCUGAGGGCAUGGAUAACUUGUCAGAAGCACCAGGGUGCGGCAAAGUGUGUUCUCCCAGCAGCAAGGAGCCAACAAAGCAGACCCAAUCACAACCACAACCAUUCAACCGGCUGGCGUGGAACUCCUGA